AACAAACACCACAAUCAAUCGACGCCAUCUUUUUUGUCAUUUCAAUUCUUUGUGGUGUUUUUAUGAUUAUCGCAUUUGGUCGCAAGGCGGCGCUGUUUAGAAAAGUUGCUGAAGUUGAGAGAUAAAAGUGGCACCAAGAUGAAGAGUGUAGUGUUACUGUUGUGUUGUUUGGUUGGUCUGUCACAUUGUGUUUUGAUUGAAUGGACUGCCUCGGAUUAUCCUAACCCUCAAGAAGACCCAGAAGCUUGUGGUAGAUACAAGUCAUCCUAUGUGUGUGAUCCUAAUAAAUUAAUCAGCAAAAGAGCAGCUGAUUUCCUAGACCAUAUUCUGUUAAACCUACAGAAUGAUACAAAAUGUCCAUGUUCACGUUAUUCCUGUGAGAGGAACGGCUACAACAAGGGAUAUAUCAUGGCUAUUGCUCUUGUGAAGAAAAUCUAUAAACCAGAAAAAGUGAAGGAUACAGUAGACAGUAGGAAAGCAUUGGUGAAUCAAUUUGCUCUUGAUUUACUGAAUAAACGCUGGAACGGUUGGGAUGUGUGUGAUGAAGUUGUUAUUAUUGUCUUCUCUAAAGACGAUGGUAUUCUGACAACAGUAUCUGGUAGUACUCCACAAAGAGUGUUGACAAAUUCAAUCACGAAAGCUAUUCAGCUAGAACUUGCUAGAUUCUUCAGAGAUGAUGGUGGAAAUGUUGGUCAGGGACUGCACUAUCUUACCAUGAAUUACAGACGUGUGUUGGAUGGCUACCACUACUACCCAAUCAUGUAUUCAGAUGUAGUACCAGACAGUGCCGCUGAUAUGAUCAAGGUGUCUCUCGUUACCAGCUUAAUAACAACCAUCCUUCUCAAAAUAUUCUGUUAACUAGUGUGUUGGAUAUAAUACCAUCUCAUCACUAGUUUGAACUUACAAUUGUCUAUGCAAGUUUGAAGCUUCUGAUAUUACCAGCUGAAAGGAUAAUACUUUAAAUAAGAUCUCAGUUUAUUUAUUCUGGUACUUGUGUAUUGUGAGAAAAACAUUGAGUUUUAAGAUUACAGAUUUCUAUCAUAUUAAGAAUUUAAGUCAUUUAAUGAGAUUAAUAAAAUUUGUUGAAAGUUAAUUAGAUGAGACUUUCUGUAUAGGACUCUUGAACAAUAACUAGUUUUGAGUUUUUGUAUUUGUUGAAGGGAGAUGCUGCCUAUUAUUCAAGAAUCUCUGUACUGAUUAUUUUUAUAUACUGACACUUCAUUUGUUAUAGAAAACCAUUUUGAAAUAUAAACAAAAAUUUGUACACAAAUAAUGUUUAAUGUGAAGCAGACAAUAUGUUUGCCUGAAGAGAUUUGAAGGAGCUCCACUGUGGUCAAAAAGCCUAAAACAUAAAAUUUGAAAUUCUUACAUAGAUAAAGUGAAGGCCUUAAAACGGAAAAAUCCGCUAAAGAUAAUAGAGAAAUAUAGUUAAAAUUAAUAUGAAUAUCAAUUUUUCGGGAUUUUGCCAGUUAUGAGUGAAAAGCUUUGCAACAAAACCCAAUGAGGAAAUGUUCUAAAACUUUGCACACAAGCUUUUUAUCCAGACCAGAUCUACAUCAAAUGCCUCACAGAUCUAAGAAGAUAUUUCCAGUCCUGUCAUGUCGUAAAACCCUUAGUGGAGCCCCUUUGAAAAUGGAGAAAGAAUCUGUUACUUGGUGCUAUUUGUAUAGUUCUGUGUUUAUUACAGUGCUAACAUUAUUACAUUUGUAGGUUUUGUAUUUUUAAAACUUAUAUCAUCUGUUACCUAGCAUAUCAUUUAAACUGUUAUAUACAUUUAUAUACAUUAUAUCUAUGCUUUUAUAAUUAAUAAUGCAAAUUAAUUUCUUGAAUUAUCAUCAGUUCUGUAUAAUAUUACAAUGCCAACUACAUGUAUUUUCCCCCUAAAGUGCCUCAAUUUCUCCUGUAAGAGUGGUCUGUUUACAUAGAAGCAAAAUGGAGGCAUCUGUUGUUUCAUUUUUUAUUUCCACAAAUAGUUAUUUUGGAAUCUUGCAAUCAAUAAUUUGACAAUAAUUACAGUUUGAGUAAUAAGUAUGUUCUUUUUUUUUUAGAUUUUAGAAUCAUAAUUUUUUUAAGAGUGAGAAGUGUUAUGUUUAUUACAUGUAUCUAUGCAAACCUUGUACAGAAUGAUGUAGAUUUAUUAUUCUUAAAUUACUAUAUUAUAGAAUCUCAUAUACUGUAUGAAAAGCCUCACUGUUUUACAAUGAAUUGUAUGGGUAAUUUAGACAGGAAUAUUCAGUACACCAAAGAAAAGUUCUUUAUCUUUAUGUAUAUUGCCCUCCAAUUAUUUUAGCCGAAAUUGUUUUCUGUAUGGUGUUAAAUGGUUAAUACUUAACUUUUAGGAUGUUUUCAAAUUGUUUUGUGUGCAAUAUAAGGUUGAUAUAUAAAAUGAAGAUUUGUGAUUUUUGUUUUACUUUAAUUACUAAUAUUUUUGCCACGUUUUAGUACACAGGAAUGUUUUCAUUGUUUACAAAGGUGUUUUUUUAUGUUGUUUUAAAUUUUACAUUCACUUUUACCUUAUUUUUCAUAAACAUCAGUGACUGAGUUUUCAAAUGAGAGCAGUUUAAUACAGAAAAUCAAUUAAGGGAUCUUUAUUUCUUAAAUUCAAUAUUAUCUGAGACUAAAAGUUUAGUAUGUUUAUGUUUUAAGAUUGUGUAAAACUUUUACUUUUUGAUGUAUCUUAUUUUUAUAUUCAUGUGUUAGUAUGCAUUUCAUUUUACCUACUUGUAAGUUGCAUGCUUUUGCUUGUAUUUUAUAGAGUUUUAGCUCAUCUGAGCAUAUAAUGCUAAUGUGAGCUUCAAGGAUCUGUGGCUGUCUGUCCACAAUUAUUUCAUCUGACAUUGCUUAAAAGGCAUUUGGGCCAAAUUUGUUGAAACUUGACUUAGAUGUUGAUUACAUUAAGCUGUACCAAAUUUGUUCAAAUGACUGUUGUCCAGUGUAUAUAUCAUGAAGUUUAAAAUAGCUAGUAAAGGUCUGCAGUAAUCUUUGGUCUUUUAUGUAGAUUUUCUUAACUGAUGGGCCAAACAUUACAAAAUAUCUUUUUGCAAUUAGGGUUUGAUAUUGUUAUGUUUUCCCUUGGGAAGAUGUUGACAUGCAAUCUUUAUUCAGGUGAGCGAUAAAAGGGCAAUACAGGCCCUCUUGUUUAUUGUUGCUGCUUUUUAAAAAAAUGUUUUGUAUUGUUGUUUUGUAUUAACAUUUAGAGGAAUCAUUUACAGGGUAAACUUGUUAAAGUGACAUUAUCCUAUUUUCAUUGGCAAGUUAAGCUGAAUUAACCAUAUAUCUAAAAGAUUUACCAACAGUUGAUAUUGAAAAAUGUUUAGGAUGAAAUAUAAAUCUGCCUAAAUCCAGCUCUUUUUAUGAGUAAAUUCCGAUGAUGGAUAUUUAUAUAAAUUCCAAUGGAUAUUUAAAGAUGUUUCCUUGGGCCACGUGAGUGAAUUAAUCGUUUAUGCGAAGUAAAUUUUAAAUUUGAAAGGAAUUACGGCAAAAUUUAAACUUAUUUUGACUUUCAGCUGUUUACUCACUAUACACUCUUGAAUGGGUGUAAUGUCACUUUAGUACUAGUAAAUUAACACUUUUGCAGUUUAAUGUUUUAAAUGGUUGUAGAUAUAGAUCAUGACUUGUCUAUUCCACCAGUAUAAAGUCCCGUCAGCUGGUACAUUUAUGCUGUCUGAUUAGACUCUAUAUUGUUGACUGCUCAAUUCUUAAUUUUUAUUUUGAAACCCUUUAACUUACAAAUGGACUGUGUCAAAUGGACUGUGUCAUACUCAAAGCAAGGCAACUAUGAUAACUGAAAAUUAAAGGCUGGUAAGGGUUAACAUUGUUAAGAUGAUGGUUACAUUGAAAAUUUCAAGCUUAUUAAUAUGCUCUUGGUUUUUGAGUUAAGACUUACCAUUGAACCUUAAAUGUUUAAAAGUAAAUUUCAUGUGUUUUGAUAAAAGUGUUAAUCUAUGAAUUUUAUGAUGGUUCAACAGUAUUAUGAUUUGUAUGGACCUCAUUUAAAGAAUGAAUAAAAGACUCGCUGUUUAGUUUAGCCAAUUUUAGUUAUAAAAAAUAUUUCUGGACUACUUUAUGUUAGGACUUUAACCAAAGAAGGAAUUAUAUAGUCAUUGUUUAGUAUAGCCAAUACUAGUUAAGUUAUAUAAUUCAUAAUUACUUGUAAAGAACGAAAAGACCCACCGAUCCUAAAGGAAUAUACUUUUAUAAUGAUUAUCUGCUUUAAUGUUAUGUGUAUUGUAUUAAAUGCAUGCAAUAAAAUAUUUUGUUUUUAUAA